AUGGCGACCCGUAAGUUUCGUUUUUAUUUCCUCCGUGUCAUAUUUCUGGUUGCGAGUUUUGUGCCUAGGCGCUUGACUCUUUCAGGUAUUCAGUUUGAGAACAACUGUGAAGUUGGUGUUUUCUCCAAGCUGACAAAUGCUUACUGUCUGGUAGCGAUUGGAGGGUCAGAGAACUUCUACAGUGCCUUUGAGGCUGAGCUUGCAGAUGCCAUUCCUGUGGUCAAGACCUCUAUUGGUGGCACCAGAAUAAUUGGUCGACUCUGUGUUGGAAACAAGAAUGGACUUCUAUUGCCACAUACUACAACUGACCAAGAGCUUCAGCAUAUGAGGAACUGCUUGCCUGAUCAAGUGGUGGUUCAGCGUAUUGAUGAGAGGUUGUCUGCCCUUGGCAAUUGCAUAUCCUGCAAUGACCAUGUUGCGCUUACACACCCUGACCUUGACAAGGAGACUGAGGAGUUUAUUGCAGAUGUGCUUGGUGUCGAGGUGUUUAGGCAGACUAUUGCUGGAAAUAUCCUUGUGGGGAGUUACUGUGCCUUCUCUAACAGGGGUGGCUUGGUUCAUCCUCAUACAUCCGUUGAAGACCUUGACGAGCUCUCCACGCUCCUGCAAGUCCCUCUUGUCGCUGGAACUGUGAACAGAGGCAGCGAGGUCAUUGCUGCAGGCAUGACAGUGAACGACUGGACUGCCUUUUGUGGCUCGGACACGACGGCCACUGAGCUCUCAGUCAUUGAGAGCGUCUUCAAGCUGAGGGAAGGGCAGCCCACUGCGAUUGUGGAGGACAUGAGGAAGUCUCUGAUAGACAGUUAUGUGUAA